AUGGCCUUGCACCUGCAGUUAUCAAAAACACUCACAGCUUUGGACUGGGAAUGGGUCGACGCUGCUACGGUAUCUCAACAGACGUCAGCACAGAAAAGAACUACAGAGAAGCAGAAAGGAAAGUUCGGCCGCCUUUCGCAACAACAACAUGGUGUGGACCACAGAUCUUCAGAACGCACCGUCAUCAACUUGACGGCGGCCCGCAUCGUGGAGAGCCGUGCUGCGGACUUCCCAGUGGGGCGGUACGUGGUCGGCUACUGGGGGUGGCGCGACCGCACCGUGGCCGACGUGGGGCCGGACGCGCCCUACUUCGUGUCUCCGGCCAUGCUGGUGCCAGACCUGGGGGAGCUGCCCCUCUCCCUCUCUCUGGGGGUGCUGGGCAUGCCCGGAAUCACGGCCUACUUUGGACUGCUGGAGGUCUGCAAGCCUAAGGAGGGAGAGGUCGCCGUAGUCAGUGGGGCAGCAGGUGCUGUGGGGUCCAUAGUCGGGCAGAUAGCGCGCCUCAAGGGGUGCAAAGUAAUUGGUUUCGCGGGAUCAAACGCUAAGCUGAAGUGGCUGAAAGAGAAGUUGGGAUUCCAUCACGCAUUUAACUACAAGACGAAUGACGUCACAGAGGCGCUGACGGCGUGUACUUCGACAACGUGGGCGGCGAGCUGA